CCCAUGGCUGAGCUGGAAGGCAAACUAUUAGCCUUAUCAAAAGUUAUGGAUGGGUACAGGCGCUCCUUUGAAUAUAUUCAAGAUUAUUUGAAGAUUCAUGGUUUGAAGAUCUUGCAAGAGGAAAUCACACGAAUUAUUAACUACAAUGUGGAAAAGGAAUGCAAUGCGUUUUUACGAAAUAAAAUACAGGAUUGGCAGUCGCGGUAUCAGAGCCAGACUAUACCCAUACCAAGCUUUCCCCCCUUACAGGGUGACGCUUCGAAAUCAAAUAAUUUCAUCGGUCGUUUGGCAAACGAAAUACUCCAAUGUACGGAUCCCAAGCAAACAAUAUUUCUAGAACUGAAAGCAACCUGGUAUGAGAAACGUGCACCACACAAGGAAGUACUAAAUGCAUGCUUCUUUGGCAAAGUACGUGAAGCGAUCGGACCUGCAGGAUUGGUGGGCUUGGAUAGACUGUACUCUUAUAUGUUUGCGGCUGAUCUAAAGCAGAAUCUGGAGAAGAUGCAAAAGAACCUAUCAAGUGAUAAUAUGUGGGUGGAAGCGCUUAAAAGCCUGAGUACGGAAUUGGAAUCAAAACAUUUCCCGGGUACGAAUGCGGCAAACCCAUCAAAAUUCUAUUUCAACUACUACAAUCGCUGGAUAAAAGUGUGGCCGACGUUGUUGGAAUGGUUGCUCAAUUUGGGUCAUAAGCAGACAUUGCGACAACAACUGGCAUUCGAAUUGAACAGGAGCAGCAAAUGCAAUUCGAAAAAUUUAGAAUCAGCUCUGGAAACAUUCAACAGGGCAUUGUUGAAUGAAUUGGAACAACCAGCUGUUUAUACAAAGUUCAUCGAUUCCGAGGGUGGCAGCCAAUUGCUCAUUGAGUUCAACGAGUACUUAGCAUUCACGGGUUCCUACGAACCGCUUGAGCAAGUUUUUCUUUCUACCAAAAGUACUCAUCACGUAGCACUGUUUUUAUUUUUGUUUACAAUAGCACAUCUGCCACGACUUCAAUUUACCCUGAACACGAAUAGCUUGCUAGCCAAAAACGCCAAAGACAAUAUAGACGGCACUCCUCUGUUGGUCGGAUUAUUGACUGUUUUGCAGCAGUUCCACAAGGAGGUGAAGUUUUUGUAUUUGACCUAUCUUUGCCAAUAUGCCACUGUGAUAGUGGAGUCGAAUAUCAGCACGAAAAGCGAAAUCAGCAUGGAAGGAACAACAGUGUUGCAUUUCCUCGAAACAUUUCUUAGGUUAGCCAAGCUACCGCGAUCUGUUUUGUCCGAACGAUGUCCCACCAUUAUACUAAAUCAAUUUGAUUAUUUAGCUUUAAGCAACAAAACUUGAGUAUUAUUUAUAAUUGUUUAAACCUGUCGUUGUUUAUAGCAAACGCAAACUUGUUUAUUCUUGUUUAUUAACAAAUAGUAUUAAAUUAAAAAAGGAUCAAAUUAUAGCACUGGCAUCGCUGACGAUUUACGACUGAUAACUUUAACCAUUGUAAUACGUUCUACGUUAUAAUUUGUUAGGCGGUAUAGCCGAAAUUAGGCACAUGCUGCUUUUUUAAAUGUUUCCUUAUGUAAUGACUGUGGGUGCAUUGCGUCCGGU